GUGCAAUAAUCGCGUCAUCGUAUUUUUCUCAAACGCAGCUGACGAUGUAAACAAGAAGAUAGACGAGGGUUAAGAAUCAAACUGUCCCAUUUUCGUUAAUGAUUGCUAUUAAUUAGGCGCCUCAAUCAGACAUGGGGCUCCCCGUUACUAUUAAAGUAAAUUUCAGGGGAAAUGUAAAAAGAUUUGUGGCACCUGAUCUGGACAAAUCGGAGUGGGAGUCGGUGGAAGCCUGGAUUAAAGCGUCAUAUGGCAUCAGCCACUUUCAAGUGAAAUAUUUUGAUGAAGACAAUGAGGAGAUUUCCAUUAACAGUCAAGAGGAAUAUGAAGAGGCUGUCAAGAGUGCUGAGAAGCAGGGGAACCAGUUGCACAUGAACAUUUACAAGAUGAAGGGCCAGGCUUGCGGUGGGCCUCCGAAGACUGAGGUGAAGGAACUCAAGGGGGAUCUCCGGCCUGCGCCACCGUACCCCUCCAGAGUCAAAACAGUGGACAAGGGAACACAGGUCACCCCUGAGAAAGAUGCGGUUGCUGUAAAGGACAGCAAGGUCACCAAACCAGAGGACGAACCUCCACCAGUGUGGUUCAGAUCCUACAUGGAGAAGUUCAAAGACGAGGUGGUGAAAGAGGUGGUGGAGAGGAUGUGUAAUGACUUCUCGGGCCAGUGCUGCACCCACAAAGUCCCUGACGGGCCUUCAGAAGAGCUCGGGGCGGUGGGAGGCGAUGUGGCCCAGGGGUUAAAAGUUGGCGUUUCCACUAACGGGGCCUGUGGCUACACCCCUGCCUGCAGCAGCUGCAAGAAGCUAACCUCAGAGGGAGCGUACAAGUGCAGUGUUUGUCCAUCCUGCAUUCUAUGUGAGUUGUGUAGACAUAGCCAUGACCCCAGCCACAACCUGGUGAGAACUAAGACCCCGCUUUCCAUUCCUGAGCAUGGGAUGUCAGGAGAAUUUAGGUUCCCUAGGCGAGGAGACAGGACUGUGCGCAAGGCAGAGCGACAGCGCCUCAAAGCUGAGAGGAGGCAGCUCAAGGCGGAAGUGAAGGAGAUCAAGAAGAAACUGAGGCUGGAGAAGAGGGGCCUGCAGUGGAGCGGCCCCAGCACCUCCACAAGCAGGCCCAGCAUGGCAGCCUCCACCCAGGCUCCAGCCCUUGACCCUGCCCCAGAGCCAGCUCCAGGCCCAGCACCAGACCCCCAACCCUCCAGCCCAGAGGGUCCCGAGGUCUCCCACUCCACCUUGGUGCCCACAAUGGCUGCCUUGUUUCUGGAUGAAAAUCUGCCCGACGGGACCCGUCUUGAGCCUGGCACCAAGUUCAUCAAGUACUGGAAGAUGAGGAACUCUGGCACCAUCAGCUGGACCUCAGAGACCAAGCUGAAGUUCAUGUGGGGUAAUCUGGGCCUGGCGUCAGAGGAAAAGCGUGAGGUGGCAGUGCCCCUGCUGCAGCCAGGUCAGAUGGGCGUGGUCAGUGUGACCUUUCUCGCCCCGGUGAUGGAGGGCACCUACACUUCCCACUGGCGUCUAGUUCACUGUGGGGGCCAGUUUGGCCCCAGAGUGUGGUGCAGUAUUGUGGUGGACCCCAGCACCUGCUGUAGCAACAGCUACGGUCCUCAGAGCAAAAGGCUGAAGGAGGACCUGAGACCUGUGGAGACAGAGAUGCCCCCCCUCAGCUCCAGAGACAGUGGUACGGGCCGGUCUGGAAACCUCCAGAGGGACUACUACUUUCCUUCUGUGGACCUGCUCACUGCACAGGAUCUGCUGUCCUUUGAGUUACUGGAUAUAAAUAUUGUGCAAGAAUUGGAGAAAGUUCCAACCAACACUCCAGUCGAUUUGACCCCCUGCAUGUCCCCUCUACCUCACGACGGCUCUGCACUGGAGAGACCAGCCCCUGCACUGAUGACAGCUGACUCUGAGGUCCAGCACUUACUUGGAGCCAAACCAGGGCCCCAGAGUGAGCAUGGUAACCACGAGGAGGUCGACGAGGACAUCAGCGGAGCCCAGUUCCUCUGCGAGACCAUCAUCCGUUCUCUGACCCUGGAGGAGGCUCCAGACCACAAGCCCCUGCGGAGGAUCCAGCCCAGCCUCCGCAUGCCUAAAGCUCUCGCAGCUAUAACACAGGGGACAGGCUUCAUGAGGACAGUGGUGGAGAGGAAGGAGAACGGGGCGGAGGUGGAUGGGGAGAUAAGAGGCCAGAAGCCAGCUCUGAGGCUUCCUCAGACCCCACUGCUGCAGGAGACUGUCCCAGAGGCGCAUUUAAUCCCAGAGAUUGACGCACGCAAAGACCUCAGUGCGCUGAAGAAGGAGGAGAAAGUUUUGGGGAAAGAAGAGCGAAAAGAAGAGAAGGAGGCAAGAGAAGGAAAGAGAGAAGAAGAAGAGGAGGAGGAGGCUGAGGACUGGGACGAGGUGAGCAGCCAGGCCUCGUCCGCGUCCUCCUGCGACAGCUACAUCAUCGUCCUGCCCGACUGCUUCGACACCAGCAGGCCAUUGGGGGAGUCCAUGUACAGCUCCGCCCUCUCCCUGUCCGGAUUGGCCGCAGCCACCACGGAAGGGGAGGAGCCUGAGCCGGAGGAGCUGGAUAGAGCCACGCCGGAGGGGGAGGGGCAGGAGGGCUCAGAGGUUGCCGCGCCGGCGCCGGCUGUGGACGACAGCGUCAACCAGAUGCUGUGUGCCUCCCAGACCCUGGAUGCUGUUCCCCUCACCCCUGAGGUGGCGCCUCCGCCUGUCUCUCUACUGCCCCCUGCUGUCCUCUACUCACCCAGGUCAGAGGAGUUGUACGUUGCAGGGCCCAGUCCGCCAGUGUCUGGGCCUAUUGAGCCAUGCCAACCUGCUGUACGCCUGCAUGUAUCAGGUCCAACCAGACCAGCAGGCUCAGUCAGUGCAUUUCAAACAUACAACCCCAGGGCCUGCAACUCCCUGCAACCUAGGGGUCAGGGGGGAAUCACAGAAGGACUGGUCAAGGGGGCCCUCUCUGUGGCUGCGUCCGCAUACAAAGCUCUCUUCACUGGGCCGAGCUGCUCCACCCAGCGCGGCAUCGACCCCGCCAGCCAGAGCCCCUCCAUGAUGGCUGUGCUACUGGAGAUGGGCUUCAGAGACCAGAGGCUCAACCAGCGUCUCCUGAGGAAGCACCGCUACAACCUGCUGCACACCGUCAACGCGCUGGUCCAGCUGGCCGAGGCCGAGGAGAACCAGGGGGGAGGAGCCACGCAGUACUGAGAGGGGCCCCCCUCCCCCCCUAACACUCCCUCUCCCCCUGAAACUAACCCAGCUGCUGCAGCCACCUAUCUGGACACUCAUUUAGGCCUAACAUAAACUAGCGUUGGCAUUCAAUAGAAAUUAAUUUUUUGUGGCUUUAGGUUAUAGAGGUUGUUAAGGAACACGGAGGCAAAUCUGUGUAGCAGUGAAGGGUUUACUGAUUGUGCGGCUGCUUGGAGUUGGUGUGGGUGAGUUCUUUACUACAGUGAAGUGUUUAGGAAGUCAAAGUUUUGUGUGUCGUGUCUGUCCUCCCUGUUGACAGGGCUAAGCUAGCUUCUCUCCUCGAGAGAGAACGGGGGUGAAUGUUAUACUGAAAUGCUUUGUACAGUCUCUUCUUCUAUACUUCUGUUUUCUGAUUGAUAGACUCAAGGGAAAGCACGUAGGUGGGAUGAGAAAUGUACUGAUAUUUCUGAUUCCUGUGAUUACUCUCUUAGAUAGCUAUCGUGGUGAAUCUGCCUAAACAAUGCAAUCUUGUAUCUAUCAAAGUACUGUUAUCGUAGAUGUCGACUUGUGGAAUGUAUCAGGAACAGUGGCUUCAGACGAGGAAAAGAAACCAACUGUUGACACUGACUGAAGUUUUCUACAGCUUUUUAGGAAACGCCUGCAUGUCAGGUACAAGUGCAGAGACUAUUCAUGUUCCUGUUGUGUCAGGAGGACUGGGGUCCUGGGUGGUAAUGUCUGCUUGCAUCUUUCAUACACCUUUUCAAGUCAAUCAUGUUUUAGAUACCACACUAAAAUCCUACAAAGACCUAUUUUAAAAGACAUUCCUCAAUUUCUUAAAGGAACCAAGUUUUUCUUUAUGUAUGUUUUUUUUUUUUUUUUUUUUUUUUUAAGAUAGUCACUGAUUAAAACUUACUAAAAAUGUGUAUGGUGAUUUUGCAUUGGUAAUCAUGAGUGUAUCGAUUAUAUCCAUUUUAUGCCUGUUAUGUUCCAUUAGCCUGUGUGUGUUUGUGGGUCUUUCUUCAAGAGAAACGGGAGGUUUGUAAGUGGGAACAUAUGAUUGUUUGUCUGUUGUCAUAGUAUACUCAUAGGAUCAUGCUUAAGAGAAAUGCUGAAUUUAUUUACAUAGCUUGGUAGUGAAUCUCCUUUGAUUGAGUGUCAAAGUACACUGCAUUUGUCAAUCAGCCAAUAAAAUGAUUGCACAGCUUUCUCUAUGACUAAAA